GCCUCGGGUCUGGAAUGAGGAAGUUGUAGUUGGGAAACGUGAAUGCUGAUUAGGCGUUUCUCAGUAAUCGUGGGGCUGCCUAACCACACCAAAAAAGUUUCGAGGCGUAUUUGAUUGUUUUGGGCAUGACACAGAUGCAUCGAAAAGGGGGACGCUGGUGAACUUUGACUGUACAUGGAGGGAGGCACUUACAUGUUACUAAUGACACAGAACUGGCUGGAAAUCGGCAGGAUUUAGAUACAUGUGUAACUUUGGGUAAAACAUUCGUCGUUCGAGAUUACAGUCAGAGACUAUGGAACAGAAUGAAAUGAUUUACAUUGUACCCCACAAUGAAGAGGAAUACCUGCUGCUUGAAGAUAAUGAUAUUCUGAAUAAAGUUGACUUUGUCUUAGUAGCAGCAAAAGUAGAAAAUGGAAAAGACAAAAAGGAAACUAACAGGAAGCGUUAUCUGAGAAAAGUGAGAGAAAAAGGCUUCCGGAUCAUGAGAAAAGAAGAUAACCACAAUUUGUAUUUUGGAAUUCAAGCCCGCGAAGAAAUCUUUGACAAAUACAUACAGCACCUAAAACUUUCGGAAAGAAAAUAUGACAAUGAGUUGAAAGAAAUUUCAAAAGCAACAAGAAUUCGCAUUAUUAAUUUCAUUCUUUGGAAGAUAAGAUAUUCAACAAACAAUGGAAAUGAUAACAGUCUGAAUGCUAAAAACUCUCUACGCAAAUUACUGGAUGAUGGUACAUUCAAAGCAGUCUUCCCACUUCACGAGAAAUGCUGCUGUAGAGGCCAUGAAGUCCAUGGAUCAAAAGAGCAAUGUUGGCUUUGUAAGGAUGGCAAUUGGCAGAAAGAACGCAAAUUGCGCUUUGAAUGGGCUGAGUGGAGAUGCUUAUUUAAGAAACAACCAAUCGAAGAAAUAAGGGAGUACUUUGGAGAGCGAAUUGCCCUCUAUUUUGCAUGGCUUGGCUGGUACACCACCCUGCUGAUUCCUGCUGCUAUAUGUGGAGUCAUAGUUGUUCUAUAUGGGUUUAUAUAUUUUGAAAGUGAUCAUGUGAGCAAGGAAAUUUGCAAUGGUACUGGAAUUAUCAUGUGCCCACUAUGUGAUAAACGUUGUCAAUAUUGGAGGCUUAAUGAGACAUGUUCCUAUGCCAAGAUCACACAACUAUUUGACCAUGAAGGGACAGUUGUUUUUGCAAUGUUCAUGGCAAUCUGGGCUACUGUAUUUUUGGAACUGUGGAAACGAGCCCGAGCAAGAUCUGUCUGCUCAUGGGAUUUGUACCACUGGGAUGAGGACGAGGAGGAACUGGCGCUUGGGCUAUUAUACAAUCCUGAUGUCAAAGCUAAAGAAUAUCACCAUUCAUACAAACGCACAACAAUUGUUAUGUUGCUAGCAUGUAUUCUGAUCACUGUUAUUAUUGGUCUUUCACUUGGAAUUGUGAUAUGUCGGGUUAUUGCUGCUGUGACGUUCACAAAGUCUGGUUCAGAAUUUCUGAGUGAUCAUGCCAGAUCAAUUGCUGUAAUGGUUGGUGCUGUAUUGCAUUUCUUCACAAUUCUCAUCAUGACUAAGAUUAAUCGUAAAGUUGCAAAGAAGUUAUGCGAUUUAGAAGGACCACGCACCGCACUGGCUCGAGAAAAUAACUUCAGUGUAAAAAUGUUCACGUUCCAGUUCUUUACAAUGUUCUCAUCAAUCGUUUAUAUUGCAUUUUUUCUGGGAAGGAUUAAUGGCCACCCAAAUGGUUACGUAAGAAUAGCAGGACAGUGGCGACUGGAAGAAUGCCAUCCAAGUGGCUGCAUGACAGAUCUCUUCAUCCAAAUGGCUGUUGUAAUGAUACUGAAACAAAUUCUGAGCAGCUGUGUGCAGUACGCUGUACCAUCCCUGAAAUAUCAAUGGAAAAAAUACAACAAAAAAAACACAGACAAUGAUGUGACGGAUGCAACAACAAAACACUGGGUCAAAAACUACAACCUGAACCACGUCGACUCUUUUAGUUUAUUCAAUGAGUUUUUGGAAAUGGCCAUUCAAUAUGGUUUCACUACAAUAUUUGUUGCAGCCUUCCCACUGGCUCCAUUACUUGCAUUUCUGAACAAUCUAUUUGAAAUCCGAUUGGAUGCCAGAAAGAUGCUUGUGCUUCAAAAGCGACCAAUACCACGAAAAGCAAAAGAUAUUGGGAUAUGGGUACGCCUGCUGGAGGUGGUUGGUGUGUUGGCUGUCAUUGGCAAUGGAUUGGUGAUCUCGAUCACUUCAGAUUUUAUCCCUCGAUUGGUUUACAAGUAUGGAUAUGGGCCAUGUGCAUUUGGAAACAGUUCAAAUGUUAACUGUAUGAUGGGAUAUGUUAAUAGUAGCCUCUCUGUGUUCUACGUGGAAAACUUUAAGCAAACAGAUCCAAAGGACGAUGGGUUAAAAUCAUUUGGGUUCCAAGUAACAUAUUGCAGAUAUCGUGAUUAUAGAACCGUUGAUGACUAUAAGUACACAGUCCAGUUUUGGCAUAUUUUUGCUGCACGUUUGGCCUUCCUGAUUUUAUUUGAGAACAUUGUUAUUUGCAUCAAGUACAUUGUAGCUUGGUUUGUACCUGAUACACCAACUUCAGUGAGAAACCACAACCUACAGAAAACAUUUAUGCGACUACAGAAAGAACUGGAGUUGUCAAGAGAAAUUCCUAGUUACUCAAAUACUAAUGCGUGGAAAUAUCAAUCAACAGAUGUUUGAAGCUUUAGACAUAUGCUGCCAGUGAGAUGUUAAUGUGUUUUGGUUGAUUGAGAACUGCUUUGAUAAUAUAUUGACUUAGAUUAUGGCAGUUAUCUGAAGAAAAGAUUUUUGAAGGAACAGGAAAUCACUGAUUAUUCAACUGAAUCUUUCCAUUUAAAGGAGGUUUAUAUUUUCAUUGAAAUUGAAUUGGUGCUAAAAGCACCUUUUUUUAACAUCUCAUGCAAAUCAAUAAUCAUUUGUUAUAUUGCUUCAUUGUCAUGUUUAUUGACAAAAUGUGUCCCAGAAUGAUAUUAGCAAUACCUCAGAAGAACAGACUUUGAAAUUUAACUCUUCAUGAACGACAAUCCUAGAUGAUUGUAUUGCAUGGCAAUAUUUAAAAAUGUAUUUAUAUGCUCUACAACAAACUAGAAAUUCUUAACGCCUUCAGUCCCUAACCAGGAGAACCUCAUAACUAUGAGCUUCACAGUUUGGAUGAUUUUCUUUUCACUGGGAUAUAAACCUCCAGGGAAUCUAUGUCGAGUAAAUCAAACAGAUUGUUAUGUUUUUCACUUAACAUCUUCUCGAAGUGAAGCUGACUUUAGGUUUGGAAUUGUAGUUUCAAAGAGAUCUUUCCUAUUCAUGUUCUAACCAAAAGUAUAUGCACAACACAUAACAAUUUUUUUAGCUUGCCAGCAAAAGAUUGGAUUCUUUUUUCCUAGAUGAUAGGUGAUAUUAGAUAAUCUGGUAUUUUAAAGUUAUUUUGUUUUUAUUCACAGUUUUGACCCAGAUUUCAAAUUGGAAAUUUAGAUGUGUUGAUGCCAAUUGGCACCUAAUACACUAUAAAGAAAAAGCUCCGGUUAUUAAUAGAACCAAUGUUCCUUCUAUGCUACUUCCACCUAUGGAAGCCAAGGUCACACAUGGACCUCAAAAGUCCAUACAGUAAAAGAAAUUGCAUAGAAUUGUUGAAUGUAGAUAUUGAGAAACUGUUCCCAGGUGAACUAUCAAAAGGUAGAGAUAAAUGGCAAAAGGACCAUGGAGAUGUGAGGAAAUUUUUUUUUGCAUUGCAUGGUUAGAAUCUGAAAUGCCCUGCUUAAGAACGUGGUGGAACCAUAUCCAUAUGUAACUUCCAAAAAGAGAAUUGGAUAUUUAUCUGAAAGAGAAAAAAAAUUCCAGAGCUACGAGGUAAAGUUGGGGGAGUAAGACUGACAAGUUGCUCCUGCAGAGUUGGCACCGGCGUGAUGAUCUCCUUUUCACCAACAACCAUUUAAUGGUUCUUCUAACGUUUGUUGCUGAGGUAGAACACCGUUGACCAGAUUUUGCAAUUGUGAAAUAAGAGAUAUACAAGUAAGUACAAAAAGUUGAGCAGUGUGGGAGAAAGAAGGAUGUCUUGAUAAGCAUGUUUAUAAUUGAAGGUGAAAUGAGGCUUAUGUUUGACAUAAAUGUCUUCGGACUGUGACCUGUUUCUAGAAUCCCUACAGGGUGGAAACAGGUCUUUCGCCCCAAGUCUACAGCAACCCUCCGAAGAGUAACCCACCCAG